GAAAGGGCGCUAUGAUCUGAGAUUUUACGGAAGUUAAAUUAUACUGUUUUACUCUUUACUAUGUAACCCACUAUGUCUUUUAAAUAGGUAAUUCUAGUUUUUGAUAGUCAGUAUGGAUCUCCGUCAUAUUUUAACAGAAUGUUUGGCGGUGAGUGAAUUGACUUCCGAUGAUAAUGUGAAAAAUAUAGCUAUAGACGUCUAUGAUAUAGUUUUGAAAGAAAUAAAACGUAGUGAAAAAAACUCAAAUGUGUGUCAGAGUCAGAGUGAGGAAAGAAUUAAUGAAAUAAAAAAGAAAUUAAAAAUUUUAAUGUACCAUUACGGAAAAUCAGUCAAAGAACGAGAUGAAUUUUUCGAAAAAUUCCCAGACUGGCGCGAAAUUCGUAAGGCAAUUAUCACAGAAUUGAGAGAAAUAGCAGAAUGGAUCAACUAUCACAGAAGAAAUUGCAACAUUUCUAAAACUGUAGGCGCCUCUGUUAGCCUUAUUGGAGGCAUACUGUGUGCCACGAGUGCAGCAUUGAUUCCUCUCACUUUUGGUGCAACUACUCCCCUUGCGAUCACUGGUGCAUCGAUGGUGGGCGCGGGGGGAGCGACUUCCUUCGGAGCCACAGUAGCUGAAACUUCUCUGGAGAGUAAGAACAUGAAAUUAGCUCAAGAACUCAUAAAAGAAGAUAAAAGAAUACUACAAGACACAUUGUCGUGGUGAUCAACAGUCGGAAGCGUUGAAAAAAGCCAUGGACGGACAUUAUAGGUUUCGAUACAAUGACUGAACUCAUGAAGCAAGCGGCCUGAAUUCGUAGAUCAGUUCAAGAAAGUGCAGGAUGCCAUUGAAAGUGAUAAAUUCUUAUCAGUCGUCAAAAAGAAUGAUUAAUGUAAUGUCUAAGGUUACACGCUGUCCAAUUUUAGGAUUCCUUUUCCUCUGAUAAUUUCUAUAGUCAUUGUCACUGUAUAUAUUGACAAAAAGAAUCGUUUUCGUAGUUGACACUCUCUUCUUCAUGCAGCGUUCUGUAGCCUUAAUUGGCAUAGUUCUCGAUCUGUUUACAGAUG